AUGGCAGAGGAGGAGACAGAUUGGUCGGCCACACUGGAUCUGAAAUCGAAGGAGGAGAAGGAUGCUGAGCUAGAUAAGAGGAUCGAGGCUCUUCGGCGGAAGAAUGAAGCCCUCAUCCGGCGCUACCAGGAGAUUGAGGAGGACCGUAAAAAGGCUGAACUCGAGGGAGUAGCGGUGACAGCUCCCCGGAAGGGCCGCUCAGUGGAGAAGGAGAAUGUGGCAAUGGAAAUGAACCUGGGUCCCUCCCGGAGGUUUCCUGGGACCCCUCGGCCCCCAGGGGCCAGCAAGGGAGGCCGGAUCCCCCCUCAGCAUGGAGGCCGGGCAGGCAUGGGCCGGGCAGGCACGGGCCGGGCAUCCCGCAGCUGGGAAGACAGUCCUGGGGAGCAGGCUCGAGGAGGAGCUGGGGGCCGCGGCCGGAGGAGUCGGGCCAGGGGGUCCCCUCAUCUCUCUGGAACUGGAGAUGCCUCAACUGCCGACCGCAAAUCCAAGGAGUGGGAGGAGCGGCGCAAGCAGAACAUUGAGAAGAUGAACGAAGAGAUGGAGAAGAUUGCAGAGUACGAGCGCAACCAGCGGGAAGGCGUGCUGGAGCCCAACCCAGUGCGGAACUUCCUGGACGACCCCCGGCGACGUAGCGGGCCCGUGGAGGAGCCUGAGCGGGACCGGCGGGAAGGCAGCCGCCGGCACGGGCGCAACUGGGGGGGGCCUGACUUCGAGCGGGUGCGUUGCGGCCUCGAGCAGGAGCGGCAGGGCCGCCGGGCCGGCCUGGGUGGCGCUGGGGACAUGACGCUCUCCAUGACGGGCCGAGAGCGGUCCGAGUACCUGCGCUGGAAGCAGGAGCGGGAGAAGAUCGACCAGGAGCGGCUGCAGCGGCACCGCAAGCCCACCGGCCAGUGGCGGAGGGAGUGGGAUGCUGAGAAGACUGAUGGCAUGUUCAAGGAUGGCCCAGCCGUGGCCCUGGAACCAUCCCACCGCUACGAUGACCAGGCCUGGGCCCGGCCUCCCAAGCCCCCCACUUUCAGGGAAUUCCUGUCCCAGCACAAAACUGAGGUCAGCCGCAGAAAGAGGAAGAGCGGCCGACCCCAGGCCAAGGCAGCCCCCCGUGCCUACAGUGACCACGAUGACCGCUGGGAGACGCAGGAGGCAGUGUCCGCAGCCCCUGAGCCCACACAGCCCACUACCCCUGAGGAGGCACCCACGCAGCCGCCCGAGAGCCCGGCCCCUGCCCCUGCCCAUCGGCCUCCCGAGGACGAGGACGAGGACGAGGGUGAGGAGGGCGAGGGCCGGGAGGGCGAGGGCGACGACGGGGAGGCCGAGGAGUGGGAAGACAUGAGUGAGGAUGCGGAGGAGGAGGAGGUCGAGGAAGAAGAGGAGGCUGACGAGGAGGGAGAAGAACCAGCCCAGGACCACCGGCCCCACGAGGCUGAGCCCAGCGGGAGCCCCAGCAGGGAACGUGGCGACGAAGGGCCCGCCAGGCCGGAGGAGCCCCUGCCGCUCCCCCAGGCCCCUGCCACGCCUUCCAGCCCCUUCUCACCCACCGGGGGCCACCAGCCUGUGUCCGACUGGGGUGAAGAGAUGGAGCUGAAUUCUCCCCGGACCGCCCAUCCGGCUGACGCCCUCUCUCCGGGUGAGGCCUGGCCUUUCGGAAAUGCAUGA